UUUCGUCUUUCCACCUCUAUAUCAUCAAUUACCGCCAUAUUGAAUGAUAUACACAGUUAAUGACCCUUCACUCUACCCAUUAAACCCACUUUGUUGAUCGAAAGCCCUAAUCGUUUCUUGAAAUCCUGCAUUUGAUCAUCAACUUCAAUCGUAAGUUCGAAUUCACAAGUAUGCUCCAAAUGUGGGAAAUCAGGCCAAGAAAUCAGUGUUUUGAUGCAAUCCGAAUUUACGUUUGGUUCAUGAUUUUUACAGAAAGAUAUCCCACGAUGUUCAGUAUUGAGCUCCAUCAUGGAGAGAGGUUCACAAAAUUCCCAAGGAUAAGCUGCAUUGAAGGAAAAUUAGACCACGUUAACUUGGUAGACAUGGAUGAGUUCUAUGUGCAUGAGUUGGACGUGGUGAUGUUGAAUCUUGGUUAUGAGGUACCACUAGUCAUUUACUACCACUAUCAAUUGCCAAAUGGAGAUUUGGAGUUUGGUCUUAGAGCUCUAGGGAAUGAUGUUGAUGUACUUAGUCUUGCACAGUACAUUGAACAUCAUAAGAUCAUCAAGGUCUACACUGAACAUAAUGAAACUAAGUUACUUACAUACUUUAUGUCUCCAAUAGUUAAAACUAGGGUCAUAAUUGAGGAAAUAGCAGAUAAUGUGCCCAUACCAAAAUCAAAUUCAAUAGUGGUUGAUUUGCAUCCUGUAAACCAAAACCAGGAAGAUGUCCCAAAUCUUAAAUUGUGUUUGGUAAGGUAUGAGACACCCGAAUACAAUUCAAAUAAGAGAUUGAGGUUAGUUGAAGGGAGUCAAUCAUGUAGUAAGAAAUUGUGUUUCAACUUGGAACACACUGUAACUGUUGGUGAUCAAGAUGCACAUGUUGAAAUUGGGAAUGAAGGUGCAAAUAUUAGUGAUCAAGGUGCACCUGUUGGUGAUCAAGAUACAAAAGUUCAUGAUCAAGGUGCAAAUCUUGGUGACCAAGAAGUAAAUACAAGAGUGUUUGAUACCUUUGACGACCAACCAUUUCAAUUUGAAGACUUUGAUCCUUUCUUUGAUCAAUAUACUUUUAAUGAUGGUAAUGAUCAGAGUAUGGGAGUUGGUGCAGAACUUGGCACAAGACUAGGUGAAGUUCAAUUUGAAAGUGAGGGAGUUUGUGAAGGACUUGGUGAAGGAGGUGGUGAAGGGGGUAGUCACGGGAGUGAGGAAGAUAGUGACUUUCUUGAAGAUGAAGAAAAUUAUGUAAGUGAUAUUGAGGUGGACAUGAGUGAUUUCUAUAUGAAUGUUGAUGUAGAUGUUGAAUAUGCUGACAGAGAAAAGAGUGUUGAGACUGAAAAGGAAGAUGUUGAUACUGAAUAUGUUGAAGAUGUUGAAGUAAUUGAUAAUGAUGAAUGUGACUCAUUAGGUGAAGAUACUGAUGAUGAAAGGAGGAAAGCAAUAUUAAAACAGAUGGUGAAGGAGAAGAAGUGCUUUCUUGGUGAAGUCCAUGCAGUUACUUUUCAAGUGGGUCAAAAGUAUAAAAGUAAAAAGGAAAUUAAGGACAAAGUCAACAAACUUGCCAUUGAGACUAGAAGGAAUCUUGGCUUCACAAGGCUUAGGGUUGUGUGUAAAGGUAAUGUACCUGAUGUAAAUGCAAGUGGGGUAGGUAAGGGCAAUAAAAUGAAUUGUUCUUGGUCAAUGCAAACUUCAAGGUCAAAAGAUAGUGAUUAUUGGUAUGUGAAAACUUUAUUGGACAAACAUACUUGUGUUCAAACUAGAAAACUUAGGGCUUGCACUGCGAAGUAUAUAUCUGCAAAAAUCUUAGACAUGGUUGAGUCUAACCCUACAGUACCCCUUCAAAGCAUUCAAGACCAAGUUCAAAAGAGGCUUCAAGGUAGUAAAUGA